UUGCACUUUUCAAUCUCAUUCCUUUCAUCCUUCCUAAUUCCUAUCUCUUUGAAUUACCAUGAAUUUCUUCCCUUAAAAAGGGCAGAAUAUCCUUCAAUCCAUCUUAUUAGUGGUAUAGAAAAAAAAUAGCUUGAAAUUUCAUAUUUUCUAAAAAAAAUAAAAAAAAAAGAAGAUAUUUUGAUAGCAUAAAGAAAGAAAGUGGAAGAAUUUGUUGUUGUUAUAGUAGAGAAGAGUAGAUAUUGUUGGAAAGUUAUGAGCUUUCAAAUUGGGAAAUUUUAAUUGGGAAAUUUUUUAGGGUUUCUUUCCAUAUGUAAAUGCAUCAAAAGAAAUCUGAAGUUCAGAUCGGAAAAGAAAGCAGUGGCAUCUCUUCCGAUUUCAACCCAAGUCCACCACUUCUAUUUCCAUCUUUAAUCACCCAAAAACAUACUCAAAAUCCCAAUAAUAAUAAUAAUAAUUACCCUAAUAAUCAAAUUCUUCAUUUGCAAAAUUACCCAUCUUUGAUUUCUUCAAUUAACCCUAAUUUUCAUGGUUUGAAGCCUAUUCAAGUAACAAAUGAGCCGAAUUUUGGGUGUAUUCAAUCCCCAUCUUCAUCAGCGACAACACCUAAAAACCCCCUUUUGUCAACUCCUCAUAAAAGGCCAUUGAUGAACCCUAGUGCAUCUAUUGUUAAGUCACCAACUUUACCUUUAUCACUUAAUAAUUACCCUUUUUCUUCAACUCCCACAUCGAAUUUGAAGUAUUUGUCAUUGAAUUCAAGGUGCGCAUCUUUGUUGUUGGUGUUUUCGACGGCAAAAUCGGUUGUUUCUCGUGUUGUACGCCGUUUUCGGCAUUUUCGCCGUCAUAGGGUUCAUCUUAGACUCGUUCUUCUUCUUGCUUUGCCUUUCUUUUACUUCUUGGUAUCACAUCCUAGUCACUCUUUCAUUCUUGAUUUUCUUUCUGCAUUCGCUUUUUCUGCUGCGCUUUUGUUUUCUUUGAAUCUUGCUCUUCCUAGACUUCCUUCAAUUAGGGUUUUCCUGAAUAGAUCAUUUCCUUUUCCUAUUAAGCUAUCAACCCCAAGAUCAGCUUCCCGGCCUUUGCCUGUGUUUUGGUCAAUUGGUUCUAGGUCAAAGGUUGACAAGAAAGUGAGUUCAGGAUGUUGGGUUCAAGUUUAUAGUAAUGGAGAUGUGUAUGAAGGUGAAUUUCACAAAGGAAAGUGUUCUGGUAGUGGGGUGUACUAUUACUAUAUGAGUGGAAGGUAUGAAGGGGACUGGGUUGAUGGAAAGUAUGAUGGGCAUGGAGUCGAAACGUGGGCUCGUGGGAGUCGGUAUAGAGGACAGUAUAGGCAAGGUCUUAGACAUGGGUUUGGUGUGUAUAGAUUUUAUACAGGAGAUGUGUAUGCAGGUGAAUGGUCUAAUGGGCAGAGCCAUGGUUGUGGGAUACAUACUUGUGAGGAUGGUAGCCGAUAUGUUGGCGAAUUCAAGUGGGGCGUUAAGCAUGGUCUUGGUCACUACCAUUUUAGGAAUGGGGAUACGUACGCCGGUGAAUACUUCGCCGAUAAAAUGCAUGGAUUUGGUACGUAUAAAUUUGCAAAUGGCCAUCGGUAUGAAGGCGCCUGGCACGAGGGUAGAAGGCAAGGGCUCGGAAUGUACACCUUUAGAAAUGGAGAAACGCAAGCAGGCCACUGGCAUAAUGGGAUUCUCGAUGUCCCAAGCACACAAAACGCUGCCUGCCCCGUAUCUCCCGUUGCUGUUAAUCAUUCCAAAGUACUAAAUGUUGUCCAGGAAGCAAGACGAGCAGCAGAGAAAGCGUACGAUGUUGCCAAGGUUGAUGAGCGAGUAAACCGGGCAGUUGCUGCUGCUAACCGAGCGGCAAAUGCAGCUAGAGUGGCAGCAGUCAAAGCUGUUCAAAAACAAAUGCACGAUGACACCAAACACGACCACAAAACAACUCCACUUCCAAUUGUGUGACGGGCAAGUUUAUCGUAGUCAAUCUUCGAGUCGUCUGUUAAUAUAGAAGCAGCUGAAGCGAGUGAUUAUCACACAGAUAUCUUCCUCAUUUCUGCAAUCGGCUUUAGACUUACCUUUGCUUUCUUACCUCGAGAGGGUUUUAACGCGUAUUGCUGAAAUCGACUUACAUUUUUAGUUGGCUUUUCCGAUGUUACUUCCCAAUUCCCAUUUGUAUUUUCUUCGUUUCUUAGCUUAUAGAAUAUUGGAGGAGGUAGGGGUUGGUGUUUAGUUUUAUCGUUCCUGGUUUCGGUAUAUGUAUAAAAAUUGUAAUAGGAGCUGGUGCUUAGGUCAAAACCUUAAUCCGGCCGGUGUUGUAUCAAUCUGAAAUUUGGUUUUGAUAUACAAAUAUCUGGAAAAAAUUCAUGUAAAAACUUGUUUCUUUUUCUUCCUUUCGUUCAAUGAAAUUUCCAACAUUCUCGAUUCCA